AUGGAGUCCUUCAAGGCCCUUCUAGCGGGCGACACCGAUGAAGAAAAUCAGCCCGACAUCGUGCAGCUGAGUGGCCUGGUUCCACCGUUGCAGAUCGACACAGCUCAGUGCACUAUGGUCAUCAUCAUGCCCCGAAACAAGACUGCUGGCGGUGCAGUGGACCACAAGGAGAUGGUGAACGACCCUCUGAGCAAAGCCAAACGUAUCUUUGACAUUCUCAGUAACGAUGAAAGUUGCAAGACCUUGGAGAAGCUAGAGCGCAUCAAGUCGGACACGCCCAUGAGCAUGGCAGACUACCAGGCCGACGUUCGCAACCGGCUGCUCGAAAUUCUCGAGUCUUCUGGUCUCCAGGCGAGGACUCCA